AUGCGGCCAUUCCUCGGCCGCCGCCGGGCGCUGCUGGCCCUCCUGACAUUCGCGGUCGCCUCCGGCUGGGCGCCGCAGCACAGCGCGGCGAAGCAUCCGCGGCGCCUGCUCGGCGUGCGGGGCGUCGAGGCGCCCAACCCGCCAACCUCAAAGGCGCGGCGGACGCGGGCCCGGCCGCCCAUGCUGACCCAGUGGACGGCGCCGCGCGGGUCCGCCGCCGAGGGCGCCGACGGCGGCUACCUCGAGACGCUCACGAAGAAGGUCCAGCAGUCGCUCCUCGCGAACUCGCUCGAGAUCCAGGUGCCCGGGCCCGGCGCCAAAAGGGAGGGCGCGUUCUUCGAGGGCGGCAAGCGGCGGCCCCGGGCCCUGCCCAUCAACGCCGACCUGCUGAACUGGCGCGCGAAGCGGGCCCUGCGGCGGGGCCAGCUCCGCGAGGCGCGCGCGCUCUGGCGCCGGUGCGUCGACGUCGACCGCUACGACGGACGCGCGUACAUCGCUUUAAGCCGCGACCUCGAGUUCCGCAAGCGCGACGCCGCGGGCGCCGGGGCGUUGCUCUCGGAAGCGCUGAAGCUCGACCCGUCCAACGCCUACGUGCGCCAGGCCUACGCGGUGCUUUUGGAGCGGCGCGGCCGGCGCGACGACGCACUCGCGGAGCUCAAGCUCGCGGUGGACUACGACCCGGGCCACGGCGCGUCCUGGGUCGCCAUGGCGCGCCUCCUCACGCGGGACGUGCGCGACGCGCCCCUGCCGCUCGACGGCCGGGACCGGCGGCGCCGGGGCCGCGACGACGAGGACUGGCUCGCGGGCGCCAACUGGAACUCGCUCGCCGAGGGCCCGCGGCGCGGCGACCUCGCGCGCGUCGAGGAGGCGCGCCGGUGCUACGCGAAGGCGCUGGAGGCCCAGCCGCGGUCCUACUUCGCGCUGUCGGCCUUUGGGGAUCUGGAGGCGCGGCUCGGCAACGUCGAAGAGGCGCGCGCCCUCCUGAACGCGUCGUGCGCGGCGAACCCGCGGAACGCGGGCUCCUGGGUCGCCUGGGCCCAGCUCGAGGAGCGCCGGGGCCUCGGUCUCCCGCGGGCCCGCGAGCUCUACGAGGUCGCCCGCAGGGCGCACCGGUCGAACACGCGCGUCUUCACCGCGUGGGCCGCGGCGGAGGCGCGCGCGGGCAACGCGACGGGCGCGACGAAGCUCUUGGCAAUGGCGACGCGCGCCGGCGGGCUGAGCCCCGGGGGCUGCCGCGACGGCAACGUCUACGCGACGCUCGGCGACGUGCUCCAGCGGGACCUCCUGGACUGCGACCGGGCCGCGGACGCGUUCCGGCGCGCCGUCGCCGUGGACCGCGCGCACGCGCCGGCCUACUACAAGUGGGCGACCAUGGAGGCGCGGCGCGGCGACGUCGAACUCGCGUCGGACUUGUUGCAGCAGGGCAUCUGGGGCUGCUCCGGCGUCGCGCGUCCCGACGACGUGGCCAAGCUCCACCGCGCCAAGGGCGAGCUCGAGGCGAACGCGACGCUGGCGCUCAAGCAGGACGCCUGGGUGCACCCCGACGGCGCGGCCGCGCUGACCGACGACGACCUGCUGCCCGCGGCGCCCUGGGACGCCGCCGCGGACGGCGCGCGCGCGUCGUUCCGCAAAGCGUUGGACGCGUCCGCGAACGCGGCGACCUUCGCGGCCUGGGCCCGCUUCGAGGCGAACCUCGGCGAGGCGGACCGCGCGCGGGCCCUGCUCGAGGACGGCAUCCGCACCUGCGGGGGCGACCCGAAGAUCUGGCGCGAGUACGUCGCCUUCGAGCAGCGCACGCGCGGCGACCGCGGCGCGGACUACGCGAAGGCCCGCGCGCGGGGCAACUUCCGGGGGUUCGCCCAGCCCUCGGCGGCGCGCUAA